UUUAUGUCAAUCCAUUUGUUAGUUGUUAGUUUAUCUUUGUUGCAUUACACUGUGUAAGAGUUUGAUCUCCUUAUGGAAGAAGUGUUUCCUCCGUAUCAUGUUUUUAUUAAUCACAGAGGACCUGAUGUCAAGAAAACCCUUGCUAGUCAUAUCUAUCAUGCUCUCGAAACGCAUGGAUUGAGGGUAUUUCUCGAUAAACAGGAAUUGCAAGUGGGGGAUUUCUUAACCCCUGCAAUUCAAUCUGCCAUUCGUAGUGCCUCCGUUCAGAUCGCCAUUUUCUCCGAAACAUAUGCGCAAUCCCCGUGGUGUUUGGAUGAGCUGGUAUGGAUGCUUGAUUCUGACCCAACUUCUAUUAAGAUCAUCCCCAUAUUCUAUGACAUCGAACCUUCAGAACUUCGUCAUGUGGAGAAGGGAGCAUAUGCCACAGCCUUUGAGGAGCAUAGAAGGAAAGGCAGGGUUACCGAUGAACGAGUGGAAAGCUGGAUAAAAGCCUUCGAAAAAGUUUCUGCUAUUUCUGGCAUCCCAUUCAGGACAGAGAUAGACGACCAUGGAGAGCGAUUGAAAGAAAUCGUAGAGACUGUAUUAGUAAAGGUCGGAAGGGAACAACUGCAUGUAUGUGAGUACCCUGUGGGACUUCGUCAAGCGGCGGAGCAUUUCGAAAAGGUGGUUCUGAGUCGAAGUGAAUCAAAGAGCACCCACGUUGUCGGGAUUUUGGGGCUAGGCGGAUCGGGAAAGUCAACUCUGGCUACUCAUCUCUACAACUCCAUGUGUUCCCAAUUCCAGAGAUGUUGUUUCUUGUCUGAUGUGAGUAAAGAGAAAAUACCAUGUCUGCAGCAAACACUCCUCAGAAAUCUGCUGCGUGAUAAGAAUUUGUGUAUUGAGGCUUCCCGUAGAGGUAAGGCCUUGCUUCAAGAUCGUCUAAGAGGGUUGACACGCGUUUUGAUUGUUUUUGAUGAUAUAGAUAACACAGAGCAAGUAGACAAUCUGUUAUGUGUAAAGGAUGUGCUGGGAAAUGGCAGUGUGAUUUUGGUGACAUCUAGAGACCAAACUUUGUUUGUCAGUUCUAAAAUAGAAAUAUACAAUGUCAAAUUACUAGAUGAGAAACAAGCCCAAGAGCUAUUCUGCUGGUAUGCCUUCGGCAACACCAAACCAGUCGACGAUUUGAAAGAUAUGGUGGAAGAGUUGGUUAGAAUGUGUGGUGGUUUUCCUUUGGCUUUGAAAAUUUUAGCCGGGCAGCUCCACAAUGAACGUAACCCAAGAAAGUGGAAGCAGCAGUUGAAAAGCCUCCGUAAACAACUGCCGGAAGACUUACUAGGAAGGAUAGUAAUGGAUAGCUAUAAAUCUCUCGACAAUACAGAGAAAGAGGCCUUUUUAGACGUUGCCCAUUUCUUAACGGGAGAAUACAGAGAUCUGGUGGAGAGGGUUUUGGAUGGAUUUAAUGAUAAUGGUUUUCAAUGCCUUCAGACGCUCCGUCAGAAAUGCCUUGUGGAAUUUGAGCUUGCAGAUAUAAUUCGUUCAAGAGCGUUACAGGUUGAAAGCGUGGAUUGGAGUGUAGGUAUUUGGAGAAGAGCAAAGGGGAGCUUCAAAAUAAGAAUGCACGAUUUAGUGAGGGACUUGGCAAGACAAAUCGGCAGACAGGAUUUACCUCUUCGCCUCUGUUGUUCAAACGAUAAAAUGAUCUCCACACGGGUAUUUGAUCUCAUUACUUUUCAACAGUUUCCGUUAUUUUUUUGGCCAUUAAGCAUGGAAAUGUACAUAGAAAGUAAACGGAAGUCUAAUUUUUCCAAAAGCUAUUUUUUGAAUCUUCGGUUAACUUCUAUUAAUGUUGCAGCAAUCUCCAUCUUCUAAUAAAAACUCUCCAAAAUAGGCUGACUGAAGUUAACCAAGAAGUUUUCCUCAAGAUAGGCUGACUGACCCUUUCUUCUAUUUGAAUCUUUUCAUUUAGGAUCUACAGUACCGAUUCAAUUUUUAGUUUCUCCCUAUUACAUUACUUUUCCCAAUAUAGUUGAACCCUAAUAUUCUGUUUAUCAAUGACAAUUUCUACUCGGUCGUUCGAUAUAUGUCAAACUCUAGUUAUUCACAAACUCUGCAAAAUCUACAUGGGGUUUGUUGAUGAUUGAUGCUGGCCGUCCAGUUGAUCAUUCAGUUCUGCCAUCGGCCACCUGUUUUUGCGUGCCCUUCGUUCCUUGCGUUGCUUGGACAGUUAGUUUUAAUUGUAGUUUGUUUUCGUUUAAAUUCAGUUAAGAAGAUCUUAAAUUCAGCUAACAACUCUGUUUUUCCUUUUCCUCUGCCAACGAAUAAUCAAUGAUAAUGCAUGUGACCGCUAAUGCGUAAUAAGUUCCUUCUGUUAUGCUAUGAACUAUUCCAUUGAAUUCUAUUUGUAUUCAAGCCUAGCGUAGUUUUCAAUCAAGCUGGAACAAAAGACUGCUGUGUAUCAAAACAGUCCAGUAAUAAAAAACAGAGGAUUCUGCAA